CAGAGACAGUAAACGAGAAAUGGCCAAUGCCACCAGAGGCAUAGAGAAGGAAAUUUCUGCUUUGCAAUUGGAGGAAAAGAAGCUUGUUGCUGAGAUCAAGAGAACUGCUAAAUCUGGAAAUGAGGCUGCAACUAAGAUACUAGCACGCCAGCUAAUCAGGCUAAGACAGCAAAUUGCAAACCUACAAGGUAGCCGAGCUCAUAUGAGAGGCAUAGCAACUCACACACAAGCAAUACAUGCCCAAACUUCAGUUGCUGCAGGCAUGAAGGGUGCCACUAAAGCUAUGAGAGCCAUGAAUAAGCAAAUGGCACCAGCAAAACAGGCAAAGGUGAUUCAAGAUUUCCAAAAAUAAUCAGCUCACAUGGACAUGAUUACACAGAUGAUGGCAGACGCCAUAGAUGAUGCUUUGGACAAUGAUGAAGAUGAAGACGAAACAUAAGAGUUGACGAACCAGGUCCUUGAUGAAAUCGGUGUUGAUAUUGCUUCACAGUUAUCAGCAGCUCCAAAAGGAAAAAUUGCUGGGAAAAAGAUUGAGGAGAGCAGUAGCUCGGGAAUUGAUGAACUGGAGAAGAGGUUGGCUGCCCUUAGAAAUCCUUAGGUUCGAUACAUCAUUUUCGUACUAUUUCUUAGUAUAAGCUUCUUGGUAGAAUUAUUUGUACAUGCCCCCCCC